AUGAAGAUUUCCAGUAUUGCCCACACUUUGGUCGCCGCUUGCGGCUUGGUUUCGGCCUACGGUUACGCCAACCAAACCGUAACCACUUUGACCCCCAGCAGCGGUGCUGUGAUUACGGAGACCACCGAGUACACCAGUAAGGGUUCCGAUUACACCUCUACGGUCACGCUAAUGACCACGAUCACGAUGAGUGGAGACAGUUCUGCUUCUGUCACAUCGGCACCUGCUUCGCAAGCCGCCACAAGCACCGAGAAUGGUUCUAACGAGAACAACAAGGGCGUCGGUGCUCUUUCUGCCGGCAGCGAGUCCACCACCUCUGAGGUCUGGUCCACCAUCACCUCCACACUGUACACUACCCAGAGCGUCACUCUAUCAAACAGCCAGGUGUCCACUUCCGUCAGUGCUUACGAAAAGCAAAUCGUUAUUGGAACAUCCAUGCCAUCGUGUACUCCUCAAACUGUCACCGUCACUCAGGAUAAGACCCAGUACGUUACUGUCACUGCUGGCGCUGUCUCUUCCUCUGGUGCUGUUUGGUCCCCAUCCUCCGCCACUUACGCCAACACUACCCUCAUCCAGUAA